UCCUUUCUCUUAGCAGCUAAGAUAGUAUUUUAGUGACCUUAUUUUCAUCUAGCCUUUGUGCACUUCCCCCAUAGGUUCAAAUGAGUACCAGAAUCAGUCAUUUCCCAGAGUUUUAAAUUUAUAUGUGACUUCAAAAUACUUGUUUUCUUUUAUAAUCUGGAAAAAAUGUUCUGCAGAUUCUUUUGGCUUUUCUACUCAGAGUCCCCUAUAUGAGGAGAAAAAAAAAGACAAAGAGAACAAAAAUGUGAACCAUUCUGAGAGUUUUUUCCUUUAUUCCAGCAUUCUGCAUGUCAGGCUUUGCUUCCUUUUUGUGAAAAUUGGUUUUAUUGUUGGCAAUUUUCCAGAUGCAAUGAAUAAUAGAACACCAGAUGUCCACUGCUGAGGAAAAUUACAGAUGAGUAAACACUUUUCUGAGGUAGCAUAAAAAUCUAUUAACGGUGCUUCUGGUGUGCCUGCAGACAGUGUGAGCUCCUGGCCUGCUGUGCUUUGUGCUGCAGAGAUGAAUAUCUGCAGCCUCUCUGGCCCUCUGUAUGUCUGACUCUACAUGGAAUUCCUGCCUUCCUCUAGAUGUGGAUUAUUUUCUGGGAAUGAGCACUCACUGCAGUGCUUGAGUGUGAAUUUAAUCACUGGAUUUAGUUUUAAUUAUUGUCACACUUGGGUUUGAUUGAAGGUGAAAGUCUCAGAAACAUUAGAAGAGAUGGAGGUACAAAAGGGUAUAGAGUGUUGGCCUAGUCCCCAGCCUUUCCCUCCAGCAGGCACAGUUCUGGUUGUGCCAUGUUUUCAGACCCAAAACAGGCUGUGUCCCAAAAGCCUUGUCUGGUUUUUCCCAGCUGUUUCAAGCUCCUCGGAAUAAUCUUGCACCACAGACUUUGCCUGUUGCACCUGACAAACAUGAUCCAGCUACUUGGGAAAAGCAAAAAUAUUCAGUGGUGGGUAAUUCACAUUUGAUUGAGCAAACUGUUGGAGAGCUUCACUAGUCCUUACCUGGUUUGUACGUGUCUUACCUGAGUUUUCCUUGCUGCAGUAAAACCCACUGCUGAGAAAGACUCUUUAUUCUCCCUCUCCAUUGCCUUUGCAACACUUAUUACACAUGGCAGAAGAAGUCAUCCCCUUUCAGUCUGCUCUGUGUCCAGCCGUACUCUCCUGUUGCUUUCCUGUGCACAGGGGUGUUAGAGCUUCCUAGAGCAAUGGCUUGGCCCACUAACAUCAACUGUGCAAAACCUCGAGAGGUUUUAGGUCAUUUUAGUGAGCUGAGUAAGCAUCAGCUGAGCAGGAUGGUGCUUUUGGAGGGAAGUGUUUAAUUACCUUGAUAACUUUAAUUGUCUUGAUAACUCAUACUGUCCCUUUCAUUAUUCAGUCCUUUGCAAGUUUGUAUUGAUUGCUCAGUCUUUUGUUUGGAGGAUGGCUCAAUUCUGCAGUUUCUACAAUAAGCAAAAUCUCUCUCAAAACUUGUUCCAUGGGCUUUUUUUAUGGUUCUCAAUGCUCUUGCAUCAUCUUAAAGAGACAAUUGAGUUUAUCUCCUCAAGAUAAAGUUUUGGAAAUACAAGUGCAGAGAAACAGAAGUCUUCAAGGUUCUAUCUAUUCAUUCUCACAGCUUGAGGACAGUCGAAGUAAUUUUAUAGAGCCCUUUUCAUUUUGUGUAUUUUAUGUUCAGAGCAGGUAGGCAUGAGGCUGGUGGGUAGCUGAUGUUAUCCUAAUGGACAGAUGGGAAGGAGCAAGUAGUUAAUUUAGACCUUAAUCAUCCAGAUAUUGGACUAACAUUAGAAUUCAGUGCCUUAACUCUUAGUCUUGUGCAAUCAGCCCAUAAUUAUUUGCCCUAUGAGUGACGAAGUGCCCGUAGCCCCCGGUGAUCUCAGUCAGUUAUGAGUGCUCAGUGCUGCAGAAAAUCAGGUCAAGUGUCUCACGGAGUGUCCACAGAGGAAGGAGCAGCUAUAUCUGAAGAGUCUGUAAGAAUAACAAAGGGAAAGGAAGCUUGUUUUCAUAUGAUCAGUCCAUUAGAAUUACGCUUAUUAAAAAAAUAUAUAGAAUUACAAAUUUAAAUUAUAACAUUUCUGUUGUUGAGCAAGCCAGAUCUACAGGCAAUUGUUUUCAUGAAGCAUUGAUUAGUAUUUUUAGUAUUAGCUAUCCUAGGCAUUAGAAGAAAGCAGUAUGUGAUAAUGUAUUUAGAAGCUGUUGGACUAAACACUGGAGAUCAAACAAUUGUCUGAGUGAUGUGUGACAUUUAAAUUGAUUAUGCUGUUAUAGCCAUGGUUAAAGGAUUGUAUCAGCUUUCCUGUGUGAUCUUGGUGUCAGUGCCUUGGCACAGACCUGCACAGUGCAGGAAUUAGCUGCUACCUUCUGGAAAUGGUAGCAGAAGAUACAGAAAAACUGAUUGGUUUUGGCAGUUCACAUAUUUUUAGAGACAGAAAACUAAGUAUAGAAAUGUGGUAGUAUGACUUGGAUGUUUUUGUCACGUAGGGAUUUUUUCCCAGCUCUGGAAGAAGUGAUUUGUGUAGCCUUUCAGUGUGAGGUCUUGCGUUUGGAAUGUCGGAGAGCACAGAAUAAUAUCACACGCUAUGAUGUGACACUUCAGAUGAUUUUUCUGGCUGACUGGGCAGGACCUGUCUAGGCUAAAAGCAUUUGGUGAGAGGAAGCAGCAACAGCUGUUUUGCCUGUAGAGUCAGUUCUGCAUGUUGGUGCAACUGAGGAAGACAACUGCAAUUGAAGACCAUUUAAAUGGGCACCUCGGAGUUGUCACGAGAUAGUUCUUGAUCCCACAGGAAUGGGUAAAAUGUCUGGUGAUACCUGUAAAGAAUGGAAGAAAAGAAACUUUAGUCAAUGAUAAUAAACAUCUGCUAAAUACCCCGGUUUUGUGUACAAGUCUCACUGUGUGGUUAGUAGCCAUAUAUUUUAUUGAACUUCAUGUGAUUCCUGUGUGUCCAGGCAGCACAAACAUCUGGUGUGUCAAACAGCUCUCCCAGGGUUUUGAGUUUUGACAUUGACGUGCCUUUGCGGGCUGGGAAUUGCAGGUUGUACUGGAAUGGCUGACAAGAAGCACACUGGAGAGGGAUGUGGAGUACUACUAAAAAUAUAUCCGGGAUGAUUUUGAUGGGUGUAGGAAGUGAAGCAUUGCCAUGCUGAGCUAGCCUAGUUGAUGCUGUACUUCCUCCUUCUGUCAUGGUUUGACGGGAUUAGGAAUGCUGCAGACCACAUAGAGAGCUUGCUGUGUACCAUAGCUAGUGAGGAACUCACUAGUGCUCAGUGAUAAUCUUUCUAUCACUUAGGCUUUCAGUUUUGGCUUAAGUGCUUAUUAGAAUGUGAUAGAGUGAAAUAUAUAUUGUGCACAGAACUUCAAUGAAAUUAUUUUAAAGAUGGGCUGAAUGAGCAUUAUGCCUUGUUUGGCCUUAAAUGAUGCUAUGUGCUUUCAAAAUCAAAGCUGGGAGUGGUGAUCUAAUUUGGCUUUCAAUCAAGUGGCUGUAGGGUCAACAUGAAUUAAUAUAUUUCAAGUUCCAAACCUGUAGCAGAAAUAAAGCUUAUGCUUAUAGAAAUAUUUAAUUCAGAGCUAAUAAAAAUUCCUGAGUUAUGCAGAACACAUCACAGCAUUUGGUAAAUUUGUUACAAGGUUAGUUCCUGAUGAUUAUUUUUCUAUUUCUGCAGGAUUUAGAAUUCACAUUUGCAAUUUCUAGAUACUAUUUCCACUUUGCAGAUGGGUAGCUGGGUAGGAAGGGUUUGUGUGGUGUGCCCAAGACGUUGGAUAAAGCAGUGAAGACUAGAAUUGAUCUGCCUGCAUCUGAUCCUCUCUUUUCUCUCACCUGGUUGAUGGAAGCUCUGCCUGGGUGUACAGUGCAGGAUUGUUGUUUGUGCUGAUGCCUUUUCCUAGUGGUCAGAUGCAGGUUUUGGGCAGGAAUAUUGGGGGGACAGAUCUUAUCUCUAAACUCUGAAAAUCUAGAAUUUUCCAUGUCUAGUUUUCUGGCGCUGUGCAGGGGCAUGACACACCAUCAUGUACUCCAGCAGGGAGCACCAGGGGAGAGAGCAGUGCCAUUAAAAUGGGAAAUGAAGGAAGGGGGUAAAGGCAUUACCAGUUAAUUGUAGAAGACAUUCCUUCAUUUGUGUCAGUUUGUUCAUUUGUUUGAAUAUAUUUUGCUCUUGGAAGGGAUAAGGUAACUUGGUCAACAAGGAAAGGAUUUUCUACUAGAAAUCAGCCUAAUGCCUGUUAUCUUUUGUUUUGGGUAUCUUCUAGGCAAUGGAAUUAAUAAUGUAGCAAGUGCUAGAUAAAGUAAUUGAUUUUCUUUGUUAUUUAAGUUUGGGUUCAACUUUAUAAAAUGUAAGUACCUAGUCCAUAAUAGAGUUCAUUUAACUUGAUUUGGUUUUGUUGCUUGGAAGGACUCUGUCAGGAUGUUGUCAGUCUUUUAAUUUGUUUAGUUUUUGGCUAAAAUGGGUAGAUUACUUUAGCACGGGAGAGGUAAACAACUGAAGGACUGCAAACAAUGUGGGCAGCUUUGUGUGCUAGUAAAAACUACAGGAAAUAUUGAUGGGAUGCAUAUAUUGGAUUCAUUGUUGUAAAAUCCUAGAGUCUUUUUAAAACUGAGCUCAUGAUGAGAUCAUUAUUGAAGAAACACUAUAAUAAACCAAACAAUCUGCUAGAAAAUACUUUUUUUUACAAAGGCAGUUUUAUAUAAUGGUCAUUAUGUCUGCCCUGAUUAUUGUGCAUGCUUGGAAAACAGGCAAAAAAGGGAAACAUUUACUUGUUUCCCAUUGUAUGUUUGAGCUAAAUGGUGUCUUCUACUGCCUGCUUUAUAUUCCUCUAUAGGUAAUUUUAACUGGACCAGCAUAAAUUUAUGUCAUCUUAAAAUAUAGAGGUGCAGGCUCAAAAAGAUGCAGAGAUACAAAGGUCAUCAUAAUUGGGAUUGAAUGAAAACAUCAGACUUUUUUUUCUAAACUAAAAUAGAAGCAGUUGACUGCAUGUUAAAGGACUGUAUUGUGUUUAUUAUAGUUUAAAUAACCCCAAAUGCUGAAGUAUGAAGUAUUCCUCCCUCUGUUCUGUUCUCCAGGACAGGUGACAAAAUGGCUAUGUGUCUCAAGCUUUCAGGAUUUUUUUUGUCAAUGACUUUGUACUCAGGUGGAAGGAGAGAAAGAGGGAGAGUUUGAUUUUCUUGGUUAUGAGAACAUCAUCUUUCAGAAACAGACUGGACUUUGACAUUCUUUUCAUGAAAGAGGUUUCCAAGUAGUUGUCUUGUAAUAACUUUGAGAAGAAGUUCUAUGUAGCUCUUACUUCCAAGAGUGCUGCAAAAAUGAUUACUUCAGAUUUGCCAGUACUACAGGAUUCUACAAAUGAAACUACUGCACAUUCAGAUGCUGGCAGUGAGCUUGAAGAAGCAGAAGUCAAAGGAAAAAGAAAAAGGGGCCGUCCCGGCAGGCCUCCAGUUUUCUUUGCCCAGUCUGCCACUAAGAAACCACGGAAGUCUCCAGCGGACAAGGGGCGUUCCGACGCUGGAGCUCGAGGAGCGAGUCGUGGGAGAGCCAAUGGCCACCCCCAGCAGAAUGGAGAAGGGGACCCUGUCACUUUGUUUGAGGUGGUUAAGCUGGGAAAGAGUGCUAUGCAGUCUGUGGUGGACGACUGGAUUGAAUCAUAUAAACAAGACAGGGACAUAGCACUUCUGGAUUUAAUCAACUUCUUUAUCCAGUGUUCAGGAUGUCGAGGUACAGUAAGAAUUGAAAUGUUCAGGAACAUGCAAAACGCAGAAAUCAUAAGGAAAAUGACAGAAGAAUUUGAUGAGGACAGUGGUGAUUAUCCCCUGACCAUGCCUGGGCCUCAGUGGAAGAAAUUCCGCUCCAACUUCUGCGAGUUCAUCGGGGUGCUGAUCCGGCAGUGCCAGUACAGCAUCAUCUACGACGAGUACAUGAUGGACACGGUGAUCUCGCUGCUCACCGGCCUCUCCGACUCGCAGGUCCGCGCCUUCCGGCACACCAGCACCCUGGCUGCUAUGAAGCUUAUGACUGCUCUUGUGAAUGUUGCCUUAAACCUGAGCAUUCAUCAGGACAAUACACAGAGGCAGUAUGAAGCUGAGAGAAACAAAAUGAUUGGCAAAAGAGCUAAUGAAAGAUUGGAGCUGCUGCUUCAGAAAAGAAAAGAGCUACAAGAAAACCAAGAUGAAAUCGAAAAUAUGAUGAACUCUAUUUUUAAGGGUAUAUUUGUUCAUAGAUACCGUGAUGCUAUUGCUGAGAUUAGAGCUGUCUGUAUUGAAGAAAUUGGUGUCUGGAUGAAAAUGUACAGUGAUGCCUUCCUGAAUGAUAGUUAUUUAAAAUAUGUUGGUUGGACACUACAUGACAGGCAAGGUGAAGUAAGGUUGAAGUGUUUGAAAGCUCUUCAGAGUCUGUAUACCAACAGAGAGUUGUUUCCCAAACUGGAGCUGUUCACUAACAGAUUCAAGGACCGCAUUGUGUCCAUGACCCUGGACAAGGAGUACGAUGUCGCUGUGGAAGCCAUUCGAUUGGUCACGCUCAUCCUCCAUGGGAGCGAGGAGGCUCUGUCCAAUGAAGACUGUGAGAAUGUUUAUCACCUCGUGUACUCAGCACACCGGCCUGUGGCAGUAGCAGCUGGGGAAUUCCUCCACAAAAAGCUGUUCAGCAGACAUGAUCCUCAAGCUGAAGAGGCUCUAGCAAAGAGGAGGGGGCGAAAUAGCCCAAAUGGAAACCUUAUUAGAAUGUUGGUUCUUUUCUUUCUUGAAAGUGAGUUGCAUGAACAUGCAGCCUAUUUAGUGGACAGCUUGUGGGAGAGCUCUCAAGAACUGCUGAAAGACUGGGAAUGUAUGACAGAAUUGCUCUUGGAGGAGCCAGUCCAAGGAGAAGAAGCGAUGUCGGACCGGCAGGAGAGCGCUCUGAUCGAGCUCAUGGUGUGCACUAUCAGACAGGCUGCCGAGGCUCAUCCCCCCGUGGGCAGGGGCACCGGCAAGAGGGUCUUGACAGCAAAAGAAAGAAAAACUCAGAUAGAUGACAGAAAUAAAUUGACUGAGCAUUUCAUUAUUGCACUUCCCAUGCUGCUAUCAAAGUAUUCUGCUGAUGCCGAGAAGGUUGCAAACCUCCUGCAAAUCCCUCAGUACUUUGACCUGGAAAUCUACAGCACGGGCAGAAUGGAAAAGCAUCUGGAUGCCUUACUGAAGCAGAUUAAGUUUGUUGUGGAAAAGCAUGUGGAAUCAGAUGUUCUGGAAGCCUGCAGCAAAACCUACAGCAUCCUCUGCAGUGAGGAAUACACCAUCCAGAACAGAGUUGACAUCGCCCACAGCCAACUGAUUGACGAGUUUGUGGAUCGAUUUAACCAUUCUGUCGAGGAUCUACUGCAGGAGGGAGAAGAAGCUGAUGAUGAUGACAUAUACAAUGUGCUCUCCACACUGAAGAGGUUGACAUCUUUUCACAACGCUCAUGAUCUCACCAAAUGGGAUCUGUUCAGUAACUGCUACAGAUUGCUGAGAACUGGAAUUGAACACGGAGCUAUGCCUGAACAGAUCGUUGUCCAGGCACUGCAGUGUUCCCACUACUCUAUUCUCUGGCAGCUGGUGAAAAUCACUGAGGGCUCCCCUUCCAAAGAGGACUUGUUGGUAUUGAGGAAAACUGUGAAAUCCUUCCUGGCUGUCUGCCAGCAGUGUCUAUCAAAUGUCAACACUCCAGUCAAAGAACAGGCUUUCAUGCUGCUCUGUGAUCUCCUGAUGAUUUUUAGUCACCAGCUGAUGACGGGAGGUCGGGAAGGGCUCCAGCCUUUGGUGUUCAAUCCAGACUCAGGCCUCCAGUCAGAACUUCUCAGUUUUGUGAUGGAUCAUGUGUUUAUUGACCAAGAUGAUGAAAAUCAGAGCAUGGAGGGAGAUGAAGAAGAUGAAGCCAACAAAAUAGAAGCUUUACAUAAGAGAAGAAACCUUCUGGCUGCCUUUAGCAAGCUGAUAAUUUAUGACAUUGUGGACAUGCAUGCAGCAGCAGAUAUCUUCAAACACUAUAUGAAGUACUACAAUGACUAUGGAGAUAUCAUUAAGGAAACCCUGAGCAAAACCAGGCAAAUUGAUAAGAUCCAGUGUGCAAAGACACUUAUUCUCAGUUUGCAACAGCUGUUCAAUGAGCUUGUUCAGGAGCAAGGUCCCAACCUGGACAGGACAUCUGCCCACGUCAGUGGCAUUAAAGAGCUGGCCCGGAGGUUUGCCCUCACUUUUGGCUUGGAUCAGAUCAAGACAAGAGAGGCUGUGGCCACACUACACAAAGAUGGCAUAGAGUUUGCCUUCAAAUACCAGAAUCAGAAAGGACAAGACUAUCCACCUCCUAACCUUGCUUUCCUGGAAGUGCUUAGUGAAUUUUCUUCUAAGCUCCUGCGACAGGACAAAAAGACUGUGCACACCUACUUGGAGAAGUUCCUGACAGAGCAGAUGAUGGAGAGAAGAGAGGACGUUUGGCUGCCGCUGAUCUCGUACCGGAACUCGCUGGUGACGGGCGGCGAGGAUGACAGGAUGUCAGUGAACAGCGGCAGCAGCAGCAGCAAGGCCUCCUCCGUGAGGAACAAGAAGGGCCGACCCCCCCUGCACAAAAAGAGAGUGGAAGAUGAGAGCCUGGAAGGCUCCUGGCUGAGCAGGAAUGAGAACAUCCAUACUCCAGGGACACUGCAGACACCUCAGCUCACCUCCACUGUCCUGAGAGAGAACACCAGACAAAUGGGAGAGCAGAUCCAGGAGCACGAGUCGGAGCAAGGAUCUGAACAGGAUUUUUUACACAAUCCCCAGAUGCAGAUCUCGUGGCUGGGCCAGCAGAAGCUGGAGGAUCUCAAUCGGAAGGACAGGACAGGAAUGAACUACAUGAAAGGCAGAAGUGGCGUAAGGCACGCAGUACGAGGUCUAAUGGAAGAUGACGCUGAGCCCAUCUUUGAAGAUGUAAUGAUGUCCUCACGAGGCCAGCUAGAGGACAUGAAUGAAGAAUUUGAGGACACAAUGGUCAUUGAUCUGCCGCCGUCGCGGAACCGGCGGGAGCGCGCGGAGCUGCGGCCGGACUUCUUCGACUCGGCGGCGAUCAUCGAGGACGAUUCAGGAUUUGGAAUGCCCAUGUUCUGAAGUCUGGCGAAGACCUUUUACAAACUUGGAACUCUAUUGUUUAGAGCUAGAGGCCUAUAUACUGUGAUAGCUUGUAUGAAAACCACAUUUUUGAUGUGAUACGGUUUGAUUUUUAACCAAAUGAUUGAGGUCAACCCCUUGGUGUAGUGACGGAGAGAAGAGGAGCUUCUUAAUGACACACGGGAAUGUUGGCCAAUCCAGUCACCUCAGAAGGGCUGACCUAAAAAAUCAUUUGUAUCCCUGUUCUUGACUGUCCUAAUACGGAUUUUUUUUUUCUGGAUGAGGAGGAAGUUUUAAAUUGUUAAGACAGCUGUCAAAAUAAACACUGUUCUACAUAUGUUUUCUGAAAACAACAUUGAGUGAAAACAGAACUUUUUAACUUUAUUUUUCUGCUGUACAAUUUAAAACAGUUUUAACAUUUGCCUUUUUAUGUUUUCAAAGCUAGCCAUUUUUAUUAAACCUAUGCCUAUCAGCCACUGACUAGCAAGGCUGCUGUAAGCAGGUCGUUCUGGCUACGGAAAAGUGUUUUGGAACACACUGGAUUUGAUUAACAUUAUGGUACGCUUAUGUCCUCUCAUAGGCAUGGAGAAAAACACUCUCAGAGAAGAGGUUAGAAUUCUAAUGACGUGCAUCUCUGCCAAAAAAUUUCAGAUUCUGAUAUGAUAAACCCAGAUUUUAUACUCUUGAGAAGAUUUAUUUUUAUUUAUAAUGGGACAUAAAGUAAGAGAUGUCCAUGAAGCCACUUUUCCAACAGAUGCUGUGUAACAUUCAUUUUAUAUAGCACAUGGGGACACAAAAACAGUAAAUUUUCUAUUGGUACUUGCUCUGUGCAUUUUUAGCAACUUAUACCAGCAAAUAAAGUAUUCUCAGUAAAACACACAAACGGUUCUCAAGUAAUCACUUUGCUGUUUUUACUACCUACUUCAAGCCUGCCAACACAAGGUACAUAAACAGCAACUUUCCUAUUAAAAAAAAAACUAGUUCAAGGGUGGGGGAAAGGAUCACUUUAGCAUACUAAAAGUAAUUUUAACUGUACCAUAAAACAGAGUCUACUUUCCAUGCCGUAAAUACCCUUUUUCGCUAUUUUUGUAAAUUAAUUUUGCCAGUUAGAAGUACUGUAUGUGCUGCAUAGAAAUUUGUGCUUAGAUGGUGAAGUUCUUAAGCUUACAAUGGAAUACAGCUACAUUUUCAGUGUUAACUGUGCAUAUUGAGAGUAAUUCUUUGGAAAAAAAUAUGAUUUUUCAAAAAAGUUAAAAACAUGAAAAAAAAUUCCAGAAAACCCCAAAACAUUCUCAGCCAAUUCAUUGUACUAAGAUAUUUUUCAAUGUCUUCAAUAAUUUGGAAUUUCAUUAUGCUUCAAUUUUAUGACUCGAUGUAGUAGCUGCUCCUUACCCAGCCUGGGCUGGCACCAGCAGUGCUGGCCCUCCACAGCUCCAGAUCUCCAACAAUUGGACCCAAAACGUUCAUCUUUCUGCACUCAGCAGCAGUUGAGAUACAAAGCAGACUGACCCACUUGGAGCACAGCAGUUUCAGAGGUGCUUUAGUUUUAGCAACUGCAGCAUAAUCAUGGAGCUUUUUUCUGUUUCAAGCUUACUGGACACCAGCCCAACCCCUCAGUGCCCAGCGUGGGCAGGGAAAGAGCCCAAAUUCACCCAGCCCAGCACCUCACCCAGCUGAGCUUGGCUCUCACAACACGUGCAGUUCUCAGACACGGUUGCCAAAAAUGUUUGACCAGGUACUUCAGCCAUUCCUUAGGGUGGGUUGGGGAUGUAUUGAUCCCCAGAAGUAGCUGGAACUUUAUAAACCCUGUUACCUCCCUCUGUGCACCCCCACGGCCUGGGGGCAGGAAUGGCUGCAGGACCUGUCCCAGGAUCACUCUGUGAGCAUGGUGGCACAACAGAUGCUGCCCAGUUUGAGUCAGAGUCUCAGACAAACCUUGUGCUUCACAGUCCUCUGUGUGGAAAACGGAUUCCUAAUUUAACAUUGUAGAAUACUGUAUAACAAACAUUUAUUAUCAUGGUACCUGCAAUGGGUCUCCAGUUCAGUUUGCAGUCAAUAGGUUUUUGUAUUAUGAGUGUCUCCUUGAUUGGUUUUGCUAGUAAUUCUGUAAAUUGUACAUUUACAAUAUGAGGUUUUUUUUUUCCUUUUGUACAAUUUAAAACUGAUGCUUCACCUUUCAUUUAAUAAACUAUUCAAAAUCA